ACUUUUAUUUCAUCAUUAACAACACAAACAUGACUAUUAAUGCUAUUCCAAAACUCUUUGCAACCAAAAACUCUAUUUCUCUUUCAAUAGUAAUCUUUAUGUAUUUACUCAUUCUUGUUGCCAAUGUAAAAUCCGACUCUUCCUUCAAUUUCCCUAAUUUUCAACCCGAAGCUUUAAAAAAACUCGGUUUCGCAAACGACGCCACAUUAAAAAAUGGAGUAAUACAAUUAACUAAAAAAGAUGCUUAUGGUGAUCCACUCAAACACAGUGCUGGCCAAUUUGGAUUGCUAAAACCAAUUCGCCUUUUCGACCAAACCACCGGAAAAGUUGCAAGUUUCGUAACUGAAUUCACCUUUUCGGUGAACUCAAACGGUAGACAAGAUCACGGCGAUGGAUUUGCUUUCUUUAUGGCAUCACCAAAAUUCAAAAUCCCCAACAAAAACAAAUCAGAAGGUGGAUUCCUCGGAAUGUUUACCCGCGAAACUGCUUUAUAUACCAAAGAAAUUGUCCUUGUUGAAUUUGAUAGUUUUGCAAAUGAAUGGGAUCCAAAUCCUUCGUCAAAUUUAGGAAUCGGUUCUCAUUUAGGAAUUGAUGUUAAUUCGAUUAAAUCAGUUGCUAAUGCACUAUGGUUAAAUGAUUUUGAUGAUAUAACAGUAGGAAAGGCUCGUAUAGAGUAUGAUUCUAGUGACAAAAAUUUGAAGGUGUUAGUAACUUAUUCUGAAAAGGGAGCAUUUAAUGGGGAUUCUAGUUUGGUGUAUAAUAUUGAUUUGACCACUUUUCUUCCUGAAAUGAUUGAAAUUGGGUUCUCUGCUUCUACUGGGGAUUUAGUUGAGACUCAUGACAUUCUCUCUUGGUCUUUCACUUCAAACAUGUAGUACAUGAGGGAACUUUAUAUAUUGUUCAAAAUAACCUCGUAUACUUAGAGGAUUUAUAAUAAAGUGUAUGUAAUUGCUAUAAGAAUAAAGUCAAUAAUAAUAAUAAUACUUGUUUCUUAUGU